AUGACAUUUGAUGUUGAUGAUUUGAGGAAUAACACACGGUACACUGGUGGUUACACUGAAGGAAGCUGGACAGUUAAGCUCUUUUGGGAGGUUCAGGAAGUUUUGGAUGAAAUUGGUGCUCCUUCUAUUCUUAUUUAUAAUAAUUCACUCUUAGUUUAUACAGGGUCAUUCAUGACUUCUCUUGAUUUGCAGAGGCAUCCGAAGGCUGCUUCAUUGAGAACAAUUCCAUUGCCUUUUCCAGAUCUUUGUGCACGUCUUUUUGAUGGAAAUAGGGCCACUGGUAAUUUUAGGAGUUACUCAACCCAGUCAUCAUCAGUAGUUGGAGCAUCCUCUUGUCGUGUUCCACCACUUCAGAUUACCGCCACCCUUUUUCAUGCAAUAGAUGAUGAUGGUGAUGACACUUCCGAUCGUGAGCCACCACCUUUUGCUGCUUCACCUUCUGUUGUUUCACCUUCUACAGCUUCACCUUCUGCUACUUCACCAUAUACUGCUUCACCAUCUGGAAACCCUAACAAAAGGGCUAAACCCUCAACUCCUAUACCUCCUAGCGCCUCACCGUCUGCUUCUUCACCUGAUGGAACUUCUAUUACUGCUGACGAUUUAGCAUUUGAAAUGAAAAAAGCUCUGCAAAGUUUGACUAAAGGGUUUAUAAUGGAUCACAAUCAAAAGUUACUUCUCGUCAUUCUUAUGUACCUAUACAUCCGUUAUUUUUGGAAGAGGGGUGUGAAACGAUUGCGGGAUAAUGAUUCGGAAAUGACGGGACAUGAAUACACAUUGGAGUUAUUACAUUGUAAUCGUUUACAAUGUGUUGAAGUACUACGUAUGUCCCGUGACUCUUUUGUACGACUAUGUGCUCAUUUUAGAGCAAAUUACUCAUUAAAGGACAACAAAUAUGUAUUGGUUGAGGAAAAGAUGGCUAUGUUUUUUAUGAUGAUCGGCCAGAAUCAACGUUACGUGAUUAUAAAGCGGAGAUUUCAACACUCGAAGCAAACAAUUCAUAAAUUUUUUUAUGAAGUGUUGGAAAAAAUGAUGUCUUUCGCACAAGAUGUUAUAGUACAAACUUCUUUUAAUUUGAAUCCAAACAUUCCAGGACAUAAUAGGAGGCUACGACGGGUUUUCAAAGGGGCGGUUGGUGCACUUGAUGGCACUUUGAUACAUGUUGUUGUCCCUGCUAAGAAACAAGACUUAUAUAGAAGUAGGGGAAAGGGAGAUUGCUACCAAAACGUAUUGGCAAUUUGUGACUUCAACAUGAUGUUUACAUUUGUUGUGGCUGGGUGGGAAGGGGUAGCACAUGACUCUAGAAUAUUAUUAGAAGCAAUAGCCGAUCCACAAGCAUCAUUCCCGUUUCCACCACUAGACAAAUAUUAUCUUUGUGAUGUCGCGUAUGCACACACUCGAGGAUUUAUGGCCCCUUAUCGUAAUGUGAGGUAUUGGCUUGGAGAUUUUCAUCAACGACGUGCGUUGACCAAUAAAGAAAAAUUUAACCACGGACAUGCAAAACUUCGGAAUGUCAUUGAGUGUGCUUUUGGUGUUUUGAAAGCACACUUCCCUAUAUUGAAGAGGAUGGCACCAUUUCCGUUUGUGACACAAAGAAACAUUGACAUGGCAUGUUUCGCGCUUCAUAAUUUUAUAAGGAGAGAAGGACUGAGUGAUGAGUAUUUCACACGAUACGAUGAACACAAUGUCCCGUUUCAAAAUAACAAUGUUCUCGUUGAGGAUGAUGAAGACGAGAUUCCAACACAUGGUACUGCAGCAGACCGUGAAUAUAUGACUCAGUUAAGGGAUGAAAUUGAUGAUCAGUUGAUGCACAAUAUAGAUUGA